UUCUUCGACAAAGGAAAUAGCAGACCAGUUACACGGCUCGGGAGCCGGCGGUGUGCUGCUGGAGGUGCUCAGCCCCUUGCAGGAGGGAGGACUGUAAAGAGAGCUGAGAAUGAGAUGGACUUACCGUGAAAGACCAGAAGCUCUUGGUAUACACAUCAUCGAUGAGCUGCAGAUGAACACAGCGUACGCCUCAGAGGAUGAAUGUCAGCGUGGACUGGGACUCUGAGAAUAACAUUUUUGACACAGAUGAGAAGCAUUCAAAUUAUUCCAGAAAGAACACUAAGCAGGUGGGCCACACAUCUAGCCUCCAGAAGGAGGUAGACAUGAGUUAUUCGCAGACGUUCAGUCCUCGUUGCAACUCUGCUGGACCUUCAGGUAAGCAGGAGCUUCCUGCAGAGUUGCAGUGUGAAGACAAAGAAACCUAUGAGACCUACUACCAGAAACAAGGUGAGAGUACACCUGGGGUAUUUGUCCCCUCCAGUACCAACUUUGACCUGCAGUGUGAAGAUAAAUAUUUAGAGCACUGUUCCUCUGAGCGGUCCAAGAAACCACGGAGAAGACUAUGUGACGAUAAUGAAAAUACCGUUCUUGCUGAUGUGUUUGAUGAGGACCUGGAGCCUGUCUCUGAGGAAGCUUUGCCAUAUCGGUGCAAGAAGUGUGGUUCCUCUUUCCAGGGUAUGAGCGAGCUGCAGGAACAUAAGCGAACUCACCUUGUGGAAAACUCAUACCGAUGUCCCGUCUGUGCCAAAGAGUUCUUCCGUGCAGCAAAUUUGCGAAUGCACAAGCUCAUUCAUUCUAGUGACAGGCCACACAAAUGUCCAGAGUGUGACAAGGGUUUCAUUCGCACAGCUGAUGUCUGGAGGCACCUGCGCAAUGUGCACAAGAUAGAGCGCUCCAUGGUGAUCUUGGGAAAUGGCAUGGCUAGGAACCCGUGGUCGAUAGUGCAUCGUAACCAAAACACUGUUGAGUAUGCUGAUCAGCCUUGUGCAGAAAACCAAAAGUCUGAGGAAGACGACUAUAAACCUUAUGCCUGUCCAACAUGCGGCAAAGGUUUCGAUAAGCCUAACCUGCUUUCCAAACACAAGGUGAUUCACCGACAAGACAAGCCCUAUAAGUGUCAGGAAUGUGGCAUGGCGUUCGUCCAGCUGCUCAGGCUGAAAAGACACCAGCAGACUCACUCUGGAGAGCGCCCCUUCUAUUGUGAGGAGUGCGGAGGGACGUUCACCCGGCUGGCAUCGCUCCAGCGCCAUCACCGCAUCCAUACUGGAGAGAAGCCCUACUCUUGCAAUUACUGUGGCCAUUCCUUCACCGAGUCAGGUACCCUACGGAGGCAUGAGCGCACACACAAAUUGGACAAAUCUUAAUUCUUAGUUCAUUUGUGAUUGUGGUCUCCUUGGUUGCUUCUUACCUGAACGAGGCCUGCUCAGUUGGGCUGGAGAAAGCACUCCACUGCAUGCGCUCUGGCCAGUCCAGACCCACU